AUGGACUCAGAUCACCAUGCCAUUUCGAAUGGCAAUUGGAAUUCAAAAUGGAGGGACGGCUACGCCAUAAGUAUUGAUCCCAUUACUCUCACCGUGAACGAGUGCAUGGUGAUGGUAUCGGCAAUGAGACGAUCAAAUAGGUGGGCCUCAGGUGGGGUUUCUUCGUUGUUCAAUGCGGGUGAUUUUUUUGGAAGCAGAGAAGAUGAUGAGACGUUUUCUGACAGCUUAGACAUAUCUUCCAUUCUUAAUAACCACAGUUCCAGUUACGAAAAGAGUGUUGACGCAAACAGCGUUGGUGGGAGCACAACCAAGCACCUGCAAGGCAAUCCAUUACUUUCGUCAUUUUUGCAACUACGCACGAUUUUGUUGGAAUCUGAAAGCAUAUUUGAUAUAGACAGCUUGACCAUUCUUCAACCGUUUUUGCUAGUUAUUAAAUCAUCCUCGACGUCUGGGUUUGUCACGGGGCUUGCGUUGAACUCAGUAUCAAAGUUCAUCACCUAUGGGGUCAUAUCUACUAAAUCAAAAAAUUUACAAAAUUCUUUAAUACAAAUUGUGUCAUCACUUACUCAUUGCCGUUUUGAAGCUGCGGAGCAAAGCUCUGACGACGCUGUUUUGUUGCGAGUGUUGCGAUUGUUGGAGAAACUCAUGGAGAGUCCCCUCGCCAUUUUACUCCCCGAUGAUAGCGUGUCUGAGAUUGUUCAAACAUCCUUGUCUUUGGCAUGCAACAAAAAAAGAAGUGAGGUGUUGAGAAGAGGAGCAGAGAUGUCGUUGGCCUCAAUCACGGUAGUGAUAUUUGCUAGGCUAAGAGACAUUGAACCAGACAAGGAGAUUGCCGUUGAUCUCCAAACAAACUUUUCAAACACACAACUACCUGAGGAUACUAUUGGUGGGACAGUAGCCGAAAAUAUUCAAGCCAAUGUUUCACAAGAGCAAAUAAGUGUUCACAAAGAUGAUCAACAGCAACAACAACAUGUGCAAGACAAUUUGGAGCCUCCAUUUGGAAUCAAAUGCAUCAAUGAAUUUCUUGGGAUACUAGUAUCAAUAAUAUCCCCAUCAAAUCAAUAUCAGCACAUGGAGAGUACUCGAGUGUUUGCUUUAUCGUUGAUAAACACUGCGGUCGAAGUUGCAGGAUCACAAAUAUCGAGACAUUUGUCUUUAUUGACAAUGAUAGCGGACCCGGUAUCGAAGCACAUAUUGCAGAUAAUAACCACCACCGAAUCGUCAGCAUUGUUGAAACCUGCACUUCAAUUAUUUUCCACGGUGUCUAUUGUAUUAGGAAGGGAAUUGAAACCGCAAUUCGAGCUCUCGAUGAUGUUGAUUUCGAGAUCCAUUUUGCCAAAACAAAAAAAGGAUAACAAGAAUGACCGCACAAGUAGUGGAAACUUACAAAACAGAUCUCCCAUUGCGAAAGAGCUUCUUUUGGAGUCUUUGAGUUUGUUAUGGUCUCGAAGUCCCACGUUUUUCACUGAACUUUUUGUUGAGUAUGAUUGCGAUUUUGAUAAAUCCAACCUAUCGAUUGAUACAAUCAAAUUUUUGUGUCAGUUGUCAUUGCCAGAGUCAGCACUCAAUACCACAGUGAACGUUCCGCCUUUAUGUUUGGAAGGGAUCUUGCAUUUCCUAAAUGGUGUAAAUGAAAGAUCAAAGACGUUCAGUUCGAAUGAAAAAGUUUCAGCAGCCAAUGAGUAUAUCAAGAACAAGUUAAAAAAAAGCGCCUUCAUCAAGUGUACUGAGGUGAUCAAUAAAAAACCCAAAGACGGGAUCAAACUUUUAGCAUCGGAGAACUUCAUCGCUGAUGAGAAAGAUGUUGCUGAGGUUGCUAAUUUUUUCUUCACCAAAGCAGGCAGAUUGGACAAGAAGAUGCUAGGGGAGUUUUUAGCCAAGCCAUCAAACUUUGAGAUCCUCCAGCAUUUCAUCAAGUUGUUUGAUUUUGAAGGACUAAGAGUUGAUGAGGCCCUUAGGGUUUUGUUGAAAACGUUUAGACUUCCUGGGGAGUCUCAACAAAUUGAGCGAAUCGUUGAAACGUUUGCUCAAAUCUACGUUUCUUGCCAGAAAGAUGGUUUGCGUGAGAACAAGCCAGUCUCAUCCACUAAUCAUGAUGAUUCUGAAUUGGAGGAUGACGAAUCAGAUGUUGUGAAGCCGGAUAAGGACUCCGUGUUUAUAUUAUCCUAUUCUAUCAUCAUGCUCAACACUGAUUUGCACAAUCCACAAGUCAAACGCCAGAUGCUUUUGGAUGACUAUAAACGGAAUUUGAGGGGUACAUACAAUGGGAAGGAUUUCCCCGAUUGGUAUCUUGCGAAAAUUUACCUGUCGAUAAAAGAUCGCGAAAUCAUUAUGCCGGAAGAGCAUCAUGGAACUGAAAAGUGGUUUGAUGAUGUGUGGCAUAAUUUAAUUUCAACCCAGGAUUUUACGCAAAGAGGGCAUGUAAAUUUAGAGAAUGAUUCAACUUGCGAGUUUGACAGGGAAUUGUUCAAGUCCGUCUUUCACGAUAUCGUCGACAUGAUUAUGAUGAUAUAUAAGGAAGCAUCAGAUGACCAUGUGUUGACGAGGUUGAUGUCAUCCUUGGACAAGAUUUUUAAUAUAUGCUUGACUUACGAUAUGGAGGUGGAAAUUGAUGACCUAACAUGCAGGUUAGUCGAGUCAAGUAACUUGUUGAAAACAACCUUGCAAAAAGUGCACGUUGAUGAUAACAUUCGUCCUGAGAUUCCUAUCACUCAAAUCAAAAUUGAGGGCAGAAAAGGUGAGUUGUAUGUAAGUGACUUGGCAGUAUGGUUUGGACGCAAUUUCAAGGCACAGUUGGCCGCUGUGAUGUUAUUCAGAUUGAUCAAGAAGACAAGUUGCAAGGUAACCAAGUCGUGGUACAAGGUAAUUGAAGUUUUAACUAACUUGUUUGAGAAUUGUUUGAUUGAACCCAACAUAUUCCUAGAGUUUCAAAAAAAGAUUCAACUCGGACCACUACCAAAAGUUCCUCCCAUUUAUGUGAUCAAAAGGGCAAAAGCUUUGAAUAACUCGGGCCUUUUGUCAACUUUCUCGUCAUUCCUUAAAGGCUACUCGGAUGAGCCACCAGAGCCCACUGACAUUGAGGUUGAGUCAACCAUUUCAACAAUGGACUGUUUGAAGUCAUUGAACGUCCCUAAUAUAUUUUCGAUCAUUUCCAAGAGUGAGCCGACGAAUCUACUAAGGUUUAUACACUUGUUACUUGCAGCGCUUCCUGAUUAUUCUGAGGAACGAAAGAGGGUAUACGAGUCAGAGACCUUGUUCAUUUUGGAGACUUGUGUUUGCUUUUGCUUAUUGUUGAAUGAUGAGCAUCUGUUGCAAGAUGUCUUGCGCGAACUCAGCAAUCGCAAUUUGAGCGGACAUGGCGAAUUGAGGCUAAUUGCUUACAAGUUGCUUUUGUUGCGCUACUGCAAAGAUGAAUCUGAGUUGAUUGCCACUGUGAAACAAGCUGCCUUGGUGGACAGGGAUAUUGCAAGCAAGCAUGGAACGCAAAUUGUGCAACCAUUGAUGUCUUUAACAGAUGAGGACUCUUGGUGUUGUAAGAUCUUGCUCAGAGACGAGUCCUAUUGGAACACAAUGAGAUAUUAUGGAUCCUUACAAGCUUAUGCCUUUGACAUGGUUCCUUUUCUUGAAGCCCUCAUCAAGAGCUCUCAGCAAGAAGUUACACCAGAUAACUUCCUUCCAAUUUUGGGACUCUUAGAUGAAAUUUCUUCUUUGGGUGCUAUCGGAUCGCAAUAUGAAUGUGAAAGUGCAAAUGCUGCUGUCAAAAAUGCGGAUGAUCUGUAUUAUAGAGAGGUUGUUGCGCUUUCUAAAAAAUCAAUUGACUUGACGUCGACUCUAGCACUGACGCUGAAAGCAGAUGAUUUUCAGAAGCAAGAUUUGUUCUACUCUACAGUACAAGCAUUGGCUCAUCAAUGCUUCAAUCCAUGCAGAGAAGUUAGAGAGUACUCUGUCAAGGCCCUUUCCGCAACAGUUUUGUCUUUUGAAACUAAUGAAGAAGUCACCUUUGAUGGCAUUUUUGAGUUCAGUCUCUUUCCAUUGUUAACCGAGUUGACCAAACCUGAGGUUUUUCAAGGGGGUGUAAACGGAUUCGAUAAAACGUACAAUGAGAUAUUUAGUCUCUUAUGCAAAGUGGUUUUGAAGCAGAUGGAUAAAUCGGAUGUUGGUACAAUCGCCAAAGUGUGGACCGAGCUCUUAAAUUCUGUUGAAAGAUUUCAUUCCGCGAAUGAGAAGUUCUUAACUCCAGAAAUGAAAGAAUCAAGUUCUGAGAGUUUGAAAAAUUUGUUGUUGGUAUUGCAAACAAACGGGUUCUUGUCUGAAGAAAAUCCUGAUAUCUUAAAAACCACUCGAGAGAAAGUGGGAAGAUUAUUUCCUCAUUUGAACAAGGAAUUGGGUUCGCAACCAGAGGAAAUCAACCAGUCUGGAGAGUAA